AUGAAUGGGUAUAGAGAAGACAAUUCUUUCUGCUAUUUCCAUCCUAAAGAGUUUGUUGUGGGGGUCUGUCCUCUAUGCCUAAAUGAGAGGCUCCUUGUAUUGGCUGCGAAGCAGGGCCAGCUUCCAUCAUCUAGAGCAACUCAUAGACCUCAAUCCUUCACUAAUCCCACCAGGAAGCCUUCCAUCAGCCUUCCUAAGAUCUUUGCUUUGGAUUCUCUUCUCAAUCGGCUCGAAUUCCGCCACUGGAAAUCUGAUAAUAACUCUGGUAAAUCUGAUGCCUCCACUAGUCCAGAAGAGUCCUUCAUAUCAAUAAAGUUUGAAGACAAUGGAGCUGCCUCAUGGGAAAAGGGCACUUCGGAGCAAUGCGCCAAGUUCUGGAACCAUAAUUUGAAUAAGCAAAACAAGGAUUUUAAACAAUCCAAAGACACUGAGGAUACAAUGACCGUGAUAGAUCAUGCAAAACCGCGUGCCUCGCUGAGGUGGCGAAAGCGGAUUGGUCAACUAUUCCAAGUCAUCAGAUGGAAGAGGUCCAACAAAGCAAACAACGUGUGCCACGUGGGCACCAAGUUUGAAGGAGUCAAGGUGAGGAAGAGCUGGUUAAGAACUCUGACAAAGAGAAGAACCAAAGAAUAA